AUGCGCCAUGCGCAAAUGGCACCGCACUCCCCUCCCAGCUCCCUUCCCCAUCCUCAUGGCAUCCGGGGGGUGGAGGCCAACCCCCUCUGCCCCGACCUCCCCAUCUUCGACCUGGGCGUGUACCUGGCCGGACCCCCCGCCUGCCAGCCCCUGUGCGAGGCCCUGGCUGCCUGCCUGCACACAGCGUCCGCGGUCGUGGUGCGCGAUCCCCGGGUGGACGAGGGCGCCAGUGAGGCCUUCCUGGACCUCAUGGAGGCCUACUUUGACCAGCCACGCGAGGCCAAGCUGCCGGACGUGCGGCCCGACCUGGCCUACCAGGUGGGCGCCACGCCGGACGGCACGGAGCGGCCGCGCUGCCUGGCGGACAGCGCCAUCCUUCGGCGGGCGGAGGCGGAGCUGGGGGAAGCCGACAGGCCCACCCCGCCUCAGGGCCCCGACUCCAAGUGGCGCUUCUUCUGGAGGCUGGGCGAGCGGCCCGCGCAAACCCGCUUCCAGGAAUGGGGCCGGGUCAUGGACCGCUGGGGCACGGGCCUGCUGGCCACCAUCGCCUGCGUGGCCGAGGCCGCGGCCCGCGGCUGGCGCCUGCCCCCCGACGCCUUCACGGCGCGCAUGGCCCUGGGCCCCCACCUCCUGGCCCCCACCGGGGUCGACCUGGGGCGUGCCCCCCGGGAGGGCGACGUGUACGCGGGGUACCACUACGACCUCAACUUCCUGACCGCGCACGGCGCGGCGCGGUACCCGGGCCUGCACGCCUGGCUGCGCUGCGGCCGGCGGGUGGCGGUGCGCAUCCCCCGGGGCUGCCUCCUGCUGCAGGCCGGGAAGCAGAUGGAGUGGCUGACGGGGGGGCACGUGCGCGCGGGCUUCCACGAGGUGGUGUGCACGAGAGGCACCCUGGAGGCAGCGCAGCGUGCGCAGCGUGAAGGCCGCCCGCUCUGGCGCGUGUCCUCCACGGUGUUCAGCCAGAUCGGGUCGGACUGCCUGCUGCGGCCCCUGGGACCGUUUGCCACGGAGGCAGCGUGCGCAGCGUACCCGGACACACUCUGCGGGGAGCAGGUGAAGGCGGAGCUGGCGGCCAUCAACCUGUCGGGCACAUCUGCCCAGGACUGA